AGUAAAGAAGGAAGUAAUCUUCAUCCGGAGGAAGAAGAAGAGAGCAGCAGCUUCCUCACAACAACUUCUCUCUGUUGAACGAUGUCCACGGCCUCCACAGACACGCUGGCAAGAGGAAGCAAAGCCUCCAAAGCUUCAAAGGAUCAUAAAAAGCCGACAGCAGCAGCUCUGAAAGGAGCCAUCCAGCUGGGAAUCGGCUACGCUGUCGGCAACAUGAGCUCCAAACCAGACAGAGACGUCCUCAUGCAGGACUUCUCCGUGGUGGAGAGCGUCUUCCUGCCCAGCGAGGGCAGCAACCUGACUCCGGCUCAUCACUACCCAGACUUCCGUCUGAAGACGUACGCUCCGCUGGCCUUCCGCUACUUCAGAGAACUGUUCAACAUCAAACCAGACGACUAUCUGUACUCCAUCUGUAAGGAGCCUCUGAUCGAGUUGUCCAACCCCGGAGCCAGCAGCUCCUGGUUCUACCUCACCAGCGACGACGAGUUCAUCAUCAAGACGGUGCAACAUAAAGAGGCCGAGUUCCUGCAGAAGCUGCUUCCUGGUUACUACAUGAACCUGAACCAGAACCCGAGGACGCUGCUGCCCAAGUUCUACGGUCUGUACUGCAUCCAGUGUGGCGGCGUGACGGUGCGGCUGGUGGUGAUGAACAACGUCCUGCCCCGAUCCAUGAAGAUGCACUACAAGUACGACCUGAAGGGUUCCUCCUACAAACGCCGCGCUUCACGCAAAGAGCGCCUCAAGUCCUCGCCCACGCUCAAAGACCUGGACUUCCAGGAGAUGCACGAGGGUUUACACUUCGACCCCGACACCUACAGCGCCCUGAUGAAGACCCUGCAGAGGGACUGCCGGGUCCUGGAGAGCUUUAAGAUCAUGGACUACAGUCUCCUGCUGGGGAUCCACGUCCUGGACCGGAGGCCUCUGGGCCGAGGCAGCCGCAUGGACAGCAGGAAGGGACAGAAGGUCCUCUACUCCACGGCCCUGGAGUCCAUCCAGGGGACGGUGAAGGACCCGGGCCCGGUCGCUGACGACGACACACUGGGAGGGAUUCCUGCCAAACACAAAGAUGAGAACCUUCUCAUUUUCUUAGGAAUCAUCGACAUCCUGCAGUCGUACCGGUUCAUCAAGAAAGUGGAACACUCGUGGAAAGCUCUGGUCCAUGACGGGGACACGGUUUCGGUCCACAGGCCCAGUUUCUACGCAGACAGAUUCCUGAAGUUCAUGGGCUCGACUGUGUUUAAGAAGCUUCACCCUUUAAGAGGAGCAUCUUCAAAGAGGAAGAGGAGUUCCCUCCACGCCAUAAAGUCGGCCUCCCAGGAGGUGCUGUCUCCUCAGAAGGAGGAGAAGAAGGAGGAGAAGAAGGCCCAGAGCAUGGACAACCUGGACGGGAACUUUUACAGUUCCUCCAAGCAGCCGGAUCUCCUCCCCAGAGUCUCCUUCGAGUGCUCCGGACACGACGAAGAGGAGCUGGAGAACAGUGAAGACCGACGAGACUCGAGCGCUACGAUCGCUCUGGACGACGCUCUGCCGCUCAACAGGAGCCACUCAGACUCUGAACUGGACGUCUACUUGUGAGGACCACCGAGACGUGCGACCUUUGACCUCCCAGUCCCACAGUGUCACAUCAGCACCAAACAGUGUAACUGUGACACAAACUACAGACGGACGCCAUGUUGCCUCGUCACGUUCCUCCUCAGGUCAAAGUCAACACUGGUUCUCUGAUAGAACCUGUGAUUAGAGGGGCGGAGCUUAAUACAGCAUAGUAUUUGUUCAUUUUGUGAUAAAAGCACCAAAUCUGGCAGAUGUGUUGAUAAAUAUAUUGGGAACAAAACUUGGAUAUUGGGCAAACUCAGACCCCGGUUGCCGUGGCAACCAUUUUUUAACCCAUAAGAACCCGGACCCAGUUCUCCUUGGAUCCUUGUAGAAC